CGACUGCAUGUGCAAAUGAGAAUCAUCUCUUGUUGCUGUGUGUUCUUCUUCCAGCCCUGUAUCCUCCUCAACAACAUCCAGCAGCUCAGAGUCCAGCUGGAGAAGAUGUUCGAGUCCAUGGGAGGAAAACAGGAGGAAGGGACUGUGGUCUUCUGCAAGCUGGACGCAGAGGCCAGCGAGCUGCUAAAGGAACUGCAGAAUAAACUCAACACCGUUCUGGACGAGCUCAGCGCCGUCUUCGGCUCCAGCUUUAAGCCGGUGAUCGAGGACUGUGUGAAGCAGAUGAACCAGGAGUUGGUGCAGAUGAAGGGAAACGCAGGAAACAAGAGCAACGCAGCCAUGGAUGCAGAGACUGUGCUGAGACCCCUAAUGGACCUGCUGGACAAGAAUCUCAUGCUCUUCGCUAAGAUCUGUGAGAAGACGGUGCUCAAACGGGUCCUGAAGGAGCUCUGGAAGAUUGUGCUAAACACUAUCGAGCGGCAGAUCGUCCUCCCACCGCUUUCAGACCAGACGCAAGGAGCUCAGAUGAUCUUCAGUGCUGCGAAAGACCUCGGUCAGCUCUCCAAACUCAAGGAGCAUGUGAUCCGGGAAGAAGCGCGGAGUCUCAGUCCUCGUCAGUGUGCCGCUAUGGAUUUAGUGCUUCCUACAAUCAAGCAAUAUUUCCAUGCGGGUGGAAACGGUCUGAAGAAAACCUUCCUGGAAAAGAGCCCUGAUCUCAAGUCCUUGAAAUACGCCCUCAGCCUUUACACUCAACCCACAGAUGCCUUGAUCAAGAAAUAUAUAUGCACCCAAACCUCUCAAGGUCAGUCCACAACUGGAUCCUUCGGUGAAGUGGCCGUUCAGGUGGACCUGAUCUCACACCCUGGAACUGGAGAGCACAAAGUCAGCGUUAAAGUUGUGGGUGUAAAUAACAUCAACUGGCAGACCAACGCCAUGUUUCGGCCCUUCGUGGAGAUCAACGCCAUCGGUCCACAUCUGGCAGACAAGAAACGCAAGUUUAGCACCAAAACCAAGAAUAACAACUGGUCUCCGAAAUACAACGAAACAUUCCAGUAUGUGCUGAGUAAUGAGCACGGCCCCGAGGCCUACGAGCUCCACAUCUCCGUGAAGGACUACUGCUUCGCCCGAGAGGACCGAAUCAUCGGCAUGACAGUCCUGCAGCUCCGAGAACUGGCCGAAAAGGGCAGUCUGGGCGCCUGCUAUCCGCUCAUCAGGAGCAUCAGCAUGGACGAGACCGGCCUGACCAUCAUGAGAAUACUCUCGCAAAGGACCAACGACGAAGUGGCCAAAGAGUUCGUACGUCUCAAAACAGACACGCGGUCGGCCGAGGAAGUGUCGUAAAGAAGAGGAAACGCGGAGGAAAAAAAUAAGCGGAGGGUGCAAGACGGUUGUGUUUGUUUUUGUGCAUGUGUGUAAAACAUCUGUCGGAAUGUUCAUUUUAAAAAUACAAGUACGUACAAAAAAAAGUGUUUACCUACCGUAUGCUCUCUAUCAAAUAUUAUAUUCUACAGAGUUAUGUUCAAGAGACGUUGAAUACAGUUACUUUUUUUUUUUUUUUGUAUGACGAUUAGUCUUUUUGAACAGAUAUAUUGUAUUUGUUCAGAUAAAGUGCCAAACCUGAUGAGUCGAAAAUUAAAAAAAAGAUUAAAAAAACAAAAAACACACAAUAGAUUAAACACAAGCGCGUAUGAGUUAUUGGUGAAGUUGGUAUCUUUCUAAAUUUGCUCGAUUCUUUUGUCCGGUGUAUAUCAUCCUCUCUUCGAGUGUGUAGCGGGUUUUGUUUGUCUUUUCAUUCUCCCACUCUCAGCCGGGCUCCUUGGUGUCGAAAUGUCAUCAAAAAAACGUUAUAAUACACGUCAAAGAAUGAAAA